CAAGGAUUGUUGUUAGACAGUAACCAUGUCUUCCACUGAAUCCUCCCCCGAUCCCCCUCUCCAGAGGACACCGUCCUACAUACAAUUUACACCUAGGCAUGCAAUGGCGUCGUUCGAGAACUUGGUUGCUCUUGCAAACCAUCAAGAGCGUCUACGAGAGGCACGGAAAAUGGUGUGGAGAGACCGGGGUGAGCCCGCAGUGGAGCUUGAGGAUCUAUGGGAGUGCAUUGAACACGCCGGACGAGGGGGCAUGAGGGCUGGAGCUAUUGCUUUUGCGAUCAGAGCAAGCGUUAACCUAGUUCUCGCAACGAUACGGAUGGGUAGAGUGCCUAAGCAUAUGCGUAUCGCUCUUAUUCGACAUGCAAUUUUUGGACAGGACUCUUUUAGGUUUGCAGCAAUGCUAGGGUCUUUUGUUUCUUUGUACAAAGCCCUCUUGAACGCAUUUCCAAUUAUAUUCCCUGUUUCAAAAAUGCAAUCCACGUUACGCCCCUCUCCGUUCGACGACGAAGGUGAUAUGCUCGAAGAUGACGACGCCAUGGAGCAUACAUUGAAGGUUCCCCUCGCCCAACGCCAGGCACGUUUGUCUUUGACCGCUCAAGUUCAUCAAAUUUGGGUGCACAAGAAAACGAGAAGAUGGCACUCCUUACUGGCCGGUGCAGUCGCCGGUGGUUUAGCAGUCAUGUUUGAGAAGAGAUCCCGUAGAAUCGUGAUCGCCCAGCAGCUCUUUGUUCGUGGACUGCAGGGCUCAUAUAAUGCCUUUUCCUCUAAACGAGGUAUAAACCUUCCUCAUGGAGAUGUGAUUGUCUUCAGCCUUUGCUCUGCUCAAAUAGUUUAUGCUUUCUUUUCCCGUCCUGAUACACUUCCCCGGUCUUAUAUAGCAUGGUUGACUACUGCCUCUGGGGCCCCCGCAGAAGCUAUCCGUAUGGUAAGAGAUAUCAAUCGCACCAGCAAGUUCGACGUGGGAGAUCUAAAAAAUAUACUGCAAAGAGAAGAUUUAAUUCCAGCCAAUAGAUCCGUGGUCCUAGAUUCGAUGCAGCUUGCCAGUGCGCCAGUGCCAAAUUAUGGUACUCCUUACCCGCCAUGCGCAGCAGUGCAUCCUUGGGUAGCAUCAUGCACUCGUGUACCACUGCCCAGAUUUCUGGCCGUGUUCAAAUGGGCAUUCCCUAUAUACGGCGCCUUACAUUUCGUGCCUAUGAUCCUGUUCAAGAGGCACCAAUUCCUCAAAAAUCCCCUGCAUAUGCUGACAAGGGCAGGGUGGGGGACAAUGAGAAGUUCCGCAUUUCUGUCCACCUUUGUCGCGUUCUUCCAAUUUUGGUUCUGCUUCAAACAUUGGUUACAUGCUGUGCUUUCCACUCAAACCAUAGUCAAAAUACCACAGGGGGUGAUCGAUUUUCUAGUUUCAAGAUACUCCUUCGGUCUAGGGGGUUUCCUCGGAGCACUAUCUUUGUUUGUAGAAGAGAAGCGGCGCCGUGGGGAGCUCGCAAUGUAUGUGCUGCCAAAAGGCUUGGAGAGUGCGUGGUUGACAGCCCGAGGGAAGGGUUGGGUAUUCAAAACUGGAGAGUCUGGUGUAGUGCUUCUUACUGCAAUGGGGAUGGGGAUGGUUAUGAGUAUAUACCAGCACGACCCUCAUCAUCUCUCAGGGCUAGUUCGCCGGAUAUUAUACCAGUUCAUUGGGGCGAAUUGAUGCUUUUAUUCCCCUAUACCAUACCAAAUGUUGUAUUUGCUACUGUUGUUUCGUCGGGCUACUAUCAAAUGCUAGUCCUCAUUACUUGUGU